AGAGCCCGUACGUAGCGCGCCAUGGCUCUGCGCGCUUUGUUUAUCGUGUCGACGCUUAUCGCCGCCGGCGACGCCGUGUACAACCGCGAGCGCGACCGCCUCCGCGCCGACCCGCGCUUGCUGGACCGCGCCUGCGAGCUCAGCUCCUGCUACCCCGCCACCGGCAACCUGCUCAUAGGCCGCGAGGCCCGCCUCUCCGCCUCGUCCACGUGCGGUGUGCACGGCCGUGAACGCUACUGCAUCGUAUCCCACUUGGAGGACCGGAAAAAAUGCUUUUGGUGCGACUCUACCAACAGCACCAUACACAAACCCCACUUGAAUCAUCGAAUUCAAAACAUAAUUUACAAGUUUCUACCCGGAACGAGAAACAAAUCGUGGUGGCAAUCGGAAAAUGGAAAAGAAAAUGUUACCAUUCAACUUGAUAUGGAAGCGGAAUUUCAUCUUACGCAUCUUAUAAUACAGUUUAAAACCUUCAGACCGGCUGCGAUGUUGGUGGAGAGAUCAUUUGACUUUGGAAAAACUUGGCGGGUCUAUCGAUACUUUGCACACAACUGCGACGAUGCUUUCCCUGGUGUACCAAAGCAUUCCCAGCGCUCGCUGACAGAAAUUGUUUGCGAAUCCAGGUACUCAGGAGUAGCGCCGUCGACUGAAGGUGAAGUAAUAUUUCGAGUCUUACCUCCGAACAUAAACGUAACGAAUCCUUAUUCAGAAGAAGUACAAAACUUAUUACGAAUGACGAACCUACGAAUUAACUUUACGAAAUUACACACUCUCGGAGACGACUUACUAGAUAAUAGAAAUGAGAUACAAGAAAAAUACUACUACUCCAUAUAUGAGAUGACGGUUCGCGGUUCUUGUUCCUGUUAUGGUCAUGCAUCUCGGUGCUUGCCAAUGCCGGGAGUGGAAUCAAAAAACAACAUGGUGCAUGGACGGUGUGAGUGUACCCACAACACGCGUGGACUUAAUUGUGAAUACUGCGAAGAUUUUUACAACGAUCUUCCUUGGCAACCAGCGGUUGGAAAAACUUCGAAUGCUUGCAAAAGAUGCACGUGUAAUAAUCAUGCUACAACCUGUCAUUUUGACCCUGCUGUGUACAACAAAACUGGUAAAAUUAGUGGAGGUGUGUGUGAUAAUUGUCAACAUAAUACUAUGGGACUUAAUUGUGAACGGUGUAAGCCUAAGUUUUUCAAGGACCCUAGUUUAGAUAUUCAAAGCCCUGAUAUUUGUAAACCAUGUGAUUGUGACCCGGAAGGAACUACCGAUCAGGAGGUUCUAUGUGAUGAUGAGACGGAUGCAGUUUAUAAUAAAACCGCUGGACGCUGCUUGUGUAAACUUAAUGUAGAUGGAGCGCGAUGUGACAGAUGUAAAGACGGCUAUUGGAGUUUCGAUCCUCUUAAUCCUGAAGGUUGUAUUUCUUGCACGUGUAAUAGUCUAGGAACGAUUAAUGAAAGAGGCUGUGAUCCAAUCACUGGUAACUGUUUCUGCAAACGUCAUGUUACAGGUAGAAAUUGUGAUCAAUGUCUGCCUGAAUUUUAUGGUCUAGCUGAUAGUGACGACGGAUGCUUGCCUUGCGACUGUGACUUGGGUGGAUCGAUCGAUAGCGAUUGUGAUGUUAUUACUGGGCAGUGCAAAUGUCGCUCACACGUCACUGGGCGUCGUUGUGAUCAACCUAUUCAAAACUUCUUUGUCGGAGCUUUAGAUUCUUUUGUAAUUGAAGGAGAGUCCAGCCAAUGUGACUCUCAAAUCGACGAUAAUGCUAUCCAGAGUCAACUUUGUCACGUCGUUAUUAGGGAAAGUUUCCCUGAAGGAAAAGAGACUUGGACUGGGCCAGGUUUUAUGAAAAUACCAGAAGGAAGUACAUUAGUUUUCAAAGUCAAUAAUCUGAAGACCAGUAUGAAUUAUAACGUUUUGAUAAGAUAUGAACCACUUUCACCUACGAAUUGGGAAGAAGCAACUAUAUUAGUAAAACGACCGUUACCAAUAGACUAUGAUUCACCUUGUGCAAAUGUGCGUCCCGAAGAUGAUACAGUAUCAACAAGUUUGCCUGCUAAUCAACGUAGUGUUUUGGUUACGCCGCCAGUGUGCUUAGAAAAGGAUAAAGAUACAGAAAUAAGGAUAUAUUUAGGAAGACAAGAUGGCCGAACAUCAAAUGCAAGAGCAUCAGUACUAAUUGACUCCAUUGUUCUUAUUCCGUCUUUUGAUGACAUACCCUUUUUCGCAAAUAGAAGUGAUUUGAAAGAGGAGUUUGACCGAUAUGAUUGUGGAAAUUCAUAUUACUACAGCCUUAAUAGAGACACAGUGCCAGAAAUUUGCAAAAAAUAUCAUGCUAGUAUUGGAUUUUACAUCCGCAAUGGCACUGAAUCAUGCCAGUGUGAUCCUUCAGGAUCAAAAAGUCAUCAGUGUAAUCCCUACACAGGAUACUGUCAAUGUGUGGAAAAUAUCGUCGGACCCAGAUGCGACCGCUGUGCGCCAGGCACAUAUGGUUUUAGUAAAUUCGGCUGCAAGCGCUGCGACUGCAACAGUAUAGGUUCACUUGAUAAUUUUUGCGAUGCUACAAGUGGUCAAUGCAAAUGUAGAGUCAAUACAUACGGACGCGCAUGUGACCUAUGUCAGCCUGGUUAUUUUAACUUCCCGAAUUGUCAACAAUGUGACUGUAAUGGUCAUGCAAUGGAAUGUGACGAUAGAACUGGUGCAUGUAAAGAAUGUAGAGACUUCACCGAAGGCCACAGAUGUGAGCGAUGCAUAGAUGGAUAUUACGGUGAUCCUCGACUUGGUGUAGAUAUACCUUGCCGUCCUUGUCCUUGUCCAGGUGUUAAAGGUGAUCCUAACAAGAGCAGUCACGCUGAUCGAUGUGAAUUAGACUCCGAAACGAAAGAUGUGGUGUGUGAUUGUAAAGAAGGAUAUGCCGGUCUUCUUUGUGAUGUGUGCGCUGAUAACUACUUUGGAGACCCUAUUAAAGGAACCUGUGAAAAAUGCGAGUGUAAUGAUAAUACCGAUAUUACAAAACCCGGUAACUGUGAUCCUUAUACUGGUAAAUGUUUACAAUGCUUACAUAAUACAGCAGGUGACCAUUGUGAAGUUUGUCAAGAAGGAUAUUACGGUAAUGCAGUCGAAAAAGCUUGUUAUAAGUGUAACUGCUCUGUUCUUGGAACAAACUUUACCAGAGGAAAUUGUGAUGGUAUCACAGGUCAAUGUCCAUGUUUCAACAAUGUUAAAGGUGUAAAUUGUGAUCAAUGCACAGAUAAUCACUGGCGAAUAGCAGUGGGAACAGGGUGUGACCCCUGUGAAUGUGAUCCUAUAGGAUCUUUAUCACCUCAAUGUAAUCCCUAUAUUGGAAAAUGUGAUUGUAAACCUGGUCAUGGAGGAAGACAAUGCGAUCAGUGUCAGGAAAAUCACUGGGGUGACCCGAAUUUGGAAUGUCAUGAAUGUGAAUGUGACUUACGUGGAUCUAUAUCACAACAAUGUAUGAGAGAAAAUGGAUCAUGUAUAUGUAAGCCUGGUAUUGGCGGAUACAAUUGUGACUUAUGUGCUCGAGGUUACCUUGGAGAAGCACCCGAUUGCUACGCCUGUGGAGAAUGUUUCGAUAACUGGGAUCGCCUUAUUAAUGAUUUACGUAUCCAAACUGAUUAUGCUAUCGGAAAUGCCAGCAAAAUAAAAGUCGUAGGUGCUACAGGUGCUUACACUAGAGAUUUUGAUGAAAUGACUAAUAAGUUAGCGGAAGUAGAAAACAUGCUCCAAAGCGCUAAAAUGGGGCAAACAACUGUUAAAGACCUUUUAUCAAAUAUCAGUAGCUUACAAGAUCAACUAACAUCAGUAGAACAUAAAGUUAAAGAUGCCAAUGAUAAUCUCAAUGACAUAACAUCAAAAAUCAAUUUAGGUAACGUCACAUUAGAUGGACUAAGAAACAACAUUCAAAACUUGAAAGGUAAGACCAUUGAACUUGGCAGCAAUGCAACGAAAUUGCAAGAGGCCAAUCUAGAAGGCGCCCUAAACUUAACUAGAGAAGCAAAACAAAGAGCUGUCAAAGCAUCAGAUGAAGCAGAAGGAGUACAAACAAUAAUUGCUAAUACCGAUAGGCAAAUCAAAAAUACAGACAGGUUAAUUGAAUUGCAGUAUACAAACUUUAAUAAUACACAAAAUGAAAAUGAUAAAAAGCUAGAUGAUAUUCAGAGUCAACUAUCAGAUCUGGAAUCACAUUUGCCUAAGCUAAACGAAAAAAUGUGUGGUCAAGAAAGUGAUAGCUGUGACAUUUGUGGAGGCGCCGGUUGUGGAAAAUGCGGCGGAAUAUCUUGUGACCAAGGAGCUGUUACAAAAGCGGAACAAGCAUUAGAUUUUGCCAAUAAAACCGAACACAGAAUCAAAGAACAUGAAUUAACAGCAGAAGACCUAUUUAGAUCAGUUUCGCAAGUAAAACAAGAUACCAUAGUGGUUCGUUCAAGAGCAAACGACUUAUUUAAUAGAGCUAACGAUUUCAAAUCAUCAGCUGAACGCAUAACCAAUGAAAGUUUAGAACUUACUUCCGAGUUAAAAGAGUUCUUAUCGAAUACAUCUAACACUCCGGCCGAUGUAAGGACUUUAGCGCAAGAUAUACUCAAAUUAUCUAUUAGCAUAGAACCCAAAGAAAUUACUGAAUUAUCACAUCGAAUUAACUCUACUGUAUCGCAACUAACAAAUAUAGAAAACAUCAUAAUUGAAACAAAGCCAGACUUAGAAAGAGCCAAAGCGUUAAAACUGAAUGCUACUGUGGUGAAUCAAUCGGCAAAUCUGACAUUAAAAAUGGCUAAUAAAGUUUUGGAGGCUUUGGAUGAAGCUCAAGCUGCACAAGAUGCUGCAGAAAAUGCAAUUAACAAAGCUAAGAGUGACAUUGAUGCAGCCAAAGCAGAUUUAGUUCCAAUAGCUAUGGAGACAGAGCAAGCACAAAAGAAAGCGAAUGAAACAAAAGAUGAAGUUGAAGGCCUACGACUCCGUCUUUCAGGUUUACAGAAAGAUAUCCUAAAAAUAGAAAGUGAUGCAGAACAAGUCAAGCAGGAGGCAAACGAUGUCGUUAAUAGAGCUGAAAUGGCCGAACAAAAGGCAAGACAGCUUAGACAAGACUUCAAACAGACUAACAUGUCCCUUGCAGAGCGCGCAAGUCAGACAUCAAAUUCUAGAGAGCGAGCGCAGCUUUUACUAAACCGUGCUACAAAACUUGCUAGCGAGACACAGUCGCAACUUAAAGUGCUAGCUAACAUGGAAGAGCUGUAUAACGAUCAUAACGCCCAACUUAACACUCUAGAAAAGGAAAUAGGGGAGCUUAAUACUCUAAUGAAUUACUACCUUUCGGAAAUCACAAAGCGUUCUGAUCACUACAGGUCUUGCACGACGUAGAAGUGGCCACAUUUAUUAAUACUGUUAAGCCUAGGCGCAGACCAUCGAUUUUUCGUCGGCCGAUAGUUUAGUCGAGCAGUUGAUCAGUAUGGGCAUGUAUGGAAGUGCGCACAUUACACCGAUUUGAUUUGGCCGAUUCUUCAUACAAUUUAAAAUCGGGCACAACUGUCGGCCAACUAAAAAUCGAUGGUCUGCGCCUAGUCUUAUACUACAUUAUCAGUUUUUAAAUUGAGUGCCAUAGUACCUACUGUAUAGUUCAGUUUUAGUCAUUUUUGAGAGAUGUAGUAUGACUGCGUCUAAUCUAUAUUAUUACUUAUGUAAUGUAAUGUAAAAUUUCAUUUAUUAUAAUAACUUAUGUAACUGCAGUCGGUCAUUUGAACAACCUCUACUAAUAUUCUGUGUAGUAAACAUGAUUUUUGUAAGUAAUAAGGACACCUUUUGUACAAGUAAUUAAAAUUUCCUUAAUUUCACAUAUUAGAGAAAGUCUUUGAUCAAGAUCAUUUCAUCAGCGGCGUUGGCAUGAUAAGUGCAAGAGAAUCGUGUGACUGGAUUUUUUAUUUAUUGCAACUUACCGUGCCAACACCUGAAAUAUUUUUUUAGUUAUUGCUAAAUAUAGAAGCUUCAUAAAAAUCUAAAUAAAGUACAGAUGAGAAAUUUUCACUCUGCUUUCUUCCGCUUAUAAAUAACACCUGGAAGUAAAAACGAAACAAAUGUUGAUGAUUAAAAAAAAACAAAUAUUCCAAAGAAUAGUUCUUGUAGGAAAUAUAGUAAGUACAAAAAGAUAAAUCAGGUUAAGCAUUCUUUGUUAACAAUUAUAUUGGUCAUUCUAAAAUUAUUAUAUUUUUGUAGGAUAAUAAUGUGCUAUGACUAUGACGCUAUCUGUGCAUUUGAAAUAAAUAUUUUUUAAAUUAUCGUAUAUAAAUAAAUAUUUGAUUAAAUGUCACGAUCCGAUACACUAUAUAUAUUUGCAUACUAUUGAUUACUAUUAAGUUACUUAUACAUAUGAGCGUUUAACUAUGAAUAUUUAGCUUAAUAAUUUUAUUAUGUGAAUAUUAUGUGUGUAUGUUAUAUUAAUUUGUAUGUGCCAUAUACCAAUUGUAACAUAAAUAUUUAUUAUUUUGCAUUUAUCGACCUAGUACAUAAUAUGUCUAAUAAGAUACGUUGAUCAAUAAUUUUAUGAUUGUGUGUAUUAUUUUUUACCAAUAACUGUGAAUACAAUUUGUCAACUAGGUCAUAGUUUAUUAUAAUGCCAACGCACCGAUACUUAAUUGUAAAUAAAAACUUUUACUAAU